UUUAAGUUGGUGUCAAAGCCGAUUAGCGCUGAUCUCCGUCGUGAUUCUGUUUUCACCGUCUGUUCCCGAGAUCUAUUUUUGUGUGCGCGCGGGCUGACCGGACCAGAACCUUCACCCCUUUUCGCCUCGAGCGCACGGCAACUCCACGUGAAAGUUUGGAGGAUGGAAAGACAGUGAGGUUGUGUUUCCUGCGUCGCUGCUUCCCCCCACAUUUAAGCCCGAGGAGAUGCGUCCUGCGCCGCGGAGUCUCCAACUUUUCCGACCAUGGUAAGCCUGGAUUACAGCCUCCUCGGUGAAGCGCGCGCUCUCCCUGGUAUCCCUCCGCUAAAAAUACCCACGCUGACAGCCCGCUCCGGGGUGUGAUGUGACGCCUCGGCGAGAGUCUGAAGUUGGCUGAAAAAAUCAAAAACAAACCGCGGGUGGACGGAAAAUGCAGAAAGGCGUGCGCUACAAUGAGGGCCACGCGCUUUAUCUGUCGGUGGUCGCGCGUAAAGAGGGCACGAAGCGCGGAUUCCUGAGCAAGAAGACCACCGAGAACAGCCGCUGGGCCGAGAAGUACUUCGCGCUCUACCAGAACGUGCUCUUCUACUUCGAAAACGACCAGAGCACGAGGCCCUCCGGGAUAUACCUGCUGGAGGGAUGCACGUGCGAGCGGGCACCGGCGCCCAAAGUCUCCGCCAUCAGCAAGGAGCCCACCGAGAAACAGCAGGUAAGAGGGCAGCACAGGUGAACCCGUGAACAGGUCACCUGAGGAGGGAGGCGAGAGCUGCUGCUGCUGGUGGGCUGAUUUAUGUGGCUGUUUUUGGAGGAACUAUUAAUUCUAAUUUAAUUUAUACACAACCUUCUUUUUAGGUCCGUUUUUGUGUUUAUUUACAUUUUUAACGAUCCAAAUCUGAGACUUAACAAACGUGGGAAAGUACAAACCCUCUAAGGCAACAAAAACCCAAAAAAAACAUGUUUAGUCAUGUAUAAAAAGGUGAAAAUCUGAAGUGAAAACUCCUCAAAAUGACUUUACACAGCAGUUCAAGAGUGAAAAUAGUCUAAGUUUACUUUGAAUUAUAAGAAAAAGCAACAGGAAAUGAAAGAAAUGAUACUUGGACUCAUAUGUCAAGUCGUUUUAAGAUUUAAUACCAAGUCUUUUGUAUGAGUGACAUCUUGAAUCAUGAAAGGUGAACAGAUCUUGUUUAGUUUUUAGUUUAUUUGACAGGGAUCAUGUACACAAGCUGCUGAUCCAGAGUGAGCUCUAAAGCUAAUUUACAUCCAUGAACCUUGGUCAGGACAUAAAACAGCCUUCAAAUGAGGGAAAACAGUCCAAACUUCACAAACAGUCCGUCACAAAAAACAACAAAUUUUAGUUUUAAUCUGGAGUGAGACUGAAUAAAUACAGUAUUAAUACAAGGUUGACGUACAAUGGAUUAUUGACCUCAUUAUUCACACAAAUACAGCAAAAAAAUGUCCCGUUGGACUAAAUGUAGAGAGUCAUAAAACAGAGUAAGUCCACAGUCUGUAGAGGAUCCCUCCAAAUAUCAAUAAUUGAACAUUUUCACAGACACAGUUCAGACAUGAAUGAUCUUAAAUGGUUUCCUGAGCUCUACUCAGUGUUUUAUUUAAAACAGUGUGUUUUUAAUAAACAAUUAAACAGACACAGAUGAAUAAAAGACUUCAAACUGCAGUGAGAUCAAUAAUUUAUUUGAUAAUCCCAGAAAUAAAACAUUAGUUUUUUUUCCAUUCAACUCCCUGUAGUAAUAAUUUAGUUUUUGAGUGUAUUUCACCUUUAAAUCUUACUCGGCAAACCUGGAGAGUCAAACAUAUUACACUUUAUUUAUGUUCACAUGUUCUUUGUCUUAAAGCUCCUGUGAGGAGUUUUUUUUGACAUUCAUAAAAUCGACUGAAUUUCAUCCAUCAGGGGCCAAAGUGGCGGUUUUUAUCUCGUGGUUUUUAACUCCUGAAAUCGGUGUAAGGGGGGUAGGAGUCAGCCGAACAGCUGAGAAAAUACGUUUAUUAUAAUUCACACUUGAAAUAUUCACAAUAAAUGAGACAUGUGAAUAUCAAAGACCAGCAGAUGAGGUGUAGAGGACUGCUCUGUCCACAGGGGGGUGCCAAAACUGACACAAACCAAAAGUUCCUCACAGGAGCUUUAAGUCAUUUACUUUCAUUUUGGACUUUUAAAUCUGUGUGUUUGGAUAACAGAAAACUGAGAUGAACUAUUUUCUGACAUUUAACUGAUAAGUAAUCAAACAGUCUGGAAAAUAAUCACAAACAAAGAGAGAAAACAGGAAGUGGUCGACUGAUGUCAGUUUUUCAUCAGCUGAUGCCGAUGAUGAGCAAGCUGCAGGCCGAUAUAUUACAACACUUUUUUUUUAAGGAAUAAACUGAACAACAAUAAGAUAUUACCACUAUUAAUGUUAAUACUUAAAAUCUAUUAUUCCUUUCAAAUUAAACCAAAUAUAAGUGAUUAAUUCAGCAGUGAUAUGUUUUAGAUGAUUUUUUAUUAACUCAUAAAACAGAAAAAAAACAUUUUAGAAGUCAGAACAAGGCUGAUGUUACUGUUAGAGAAAGACAUGAACUCUAAGGUUAACUGUUUGAUCAACUGUUGAAGCUAUAUAUUCAAGCUAUGAGGACUGAAGUGGAGCAGCUCUGUCAGUAAAAUGAUAAAAAAAGUGCAGAAAAGAGAGUUGUGAAAAGUUUCUAAAAUGUCUUACAAGUUUGUUUUUGUCUUUCUGUCAGUCCUACACUCUUAAAAUACAACUUAAAAGCACAAAGAUGAUAAAGAAAAGCUGAAGAUAUUCAAUUUUAAAGGAGUGAUCUGUGUAAAUGUGACAUUUUAUUCCAAAAAUAACAAAAAAACGCCAAAACAGUUUUUGUUUAGUGAUCUGUCUGCUGAUCAAGAUGUACUUUCAAGACUCUUUGGAGCAUCUUAUUGUCCUUAUUUAAGACGUUUCUGCUGUUUUUUUCUGUCUGAGGCUGAUAUUUGUGACAGAAGAAGAAACUCUUAGAUGUUAUUAAGUAAAGCAGGUCAUUUUUUACCUUCUGUGUAUGAACACCGGGAAGUUAUUUGAGUGUAUAUGUACUCUCCAAAAGAGGAAAUGAUAGUUAGAGAGCUUGAAAAUACACAUUCAAAAUUCAGCUCAAAUAUAACUUGUUAAAUGUGCAGCAAAGAUGCAGUUUUAAUGUGUGUCAGAGGAGUUUUUUUUAAAUGAAAUAAUAAAAGAUUGAUUUAGUUGAGACAGUCAGAUAAACUCCUCGUCUGAACUCUGGAUGUUUGCUGCUCACUCCUCUCAUCUGCUGUAACUCUGAAGUGUCUGUGAAACAUAAAUUAUGUAACUUGAGGACAUUUGCUCUUCUCUUUAAGACACAUGAACACAAAGAGCCUGAAGAUAUUGACCUGAGAGAAACGACAGACCUGUGAGACAAUUUAAGUUCUGUAUGAGUUCAGGCGAGUUUUAAAGUCACUAAAAGGAGUUUUUAACUGAUUCCCAAACAUUGUUUUGAUCCGAGAAUCUGAUUAAUCACCCAGCUCUAGUAUAAAUUAGGGCUGCAUGAUUAAUCGAUUUGAAACCGUAAUCGGAUUAUUUUAUUAUGUCGAUGUGUCUAUGCUUUCCAAUUCUUCAUUUAAAGGACUACUGGACCUACUUGAGAUGUUUCAAGUAGGUCCAGUUGUCCUUUCCAUGUAGUCCUUUCCAUGUAAGGCUGCACGAUUAAUCGAUUUUACACUGUAAUUGGAUUAUUUGAUUAUGACGAUGUUAAGAAAAUUCAAAUCGUCAAAUUGAUUUUCCUCUCUAUCAUGUCUUGUGCCUCCAGUCCACCGUAGGCUCCCCCUUCCUGUGGGAGCACUCCCCAGUUUCCACAACCACCAGUGUAAACCAACUCCGAUUGGAGUUCUUAAACUCCAAUUAUAGUCAGACUAAGGUGUUUACAUGCACUUCAGUUGUCCGGUAUAAAUCGGAGUAAGGCAAUAAUUCGUUUUUUCUUGAGUGUCAUGUAAACCUAGUGACUGAAUAGAAAUUUAGAAUCGAGUUUUCAGAGAAAAAAAAAAAAGAGAUUUUAUUUUUGGCCAAAAUUGUGCAGCCCUGGCAUAAAUCAGUCUCAGUGUGCAGCUGUUGUUUGAGCACCUAACCUUUGACCUCCAACCUUUUAAGAGCUUGUUUACGUGGUAAUUGAGACUUUUUUCGACGCUUUUUGUAUUGGCUUUAAAAUAAGGAUGCAGGUCUUCUCACUUUUGAUCCGGUAAACUCUCCCUCUUUCUAAAAGAGUGCACGAGUUAAAGAUUAAUGUAGAUUUAAAGCUUAAAUAAAUAAAGGUGGAUUAGCAUGAAUAAGGUAAACGAAUGAAACACACACAUCUGUAUCUGCAGACACAAAACUUCCCACAGGUGUGAAAAAAAAGGCCGACAUGUUUGCUGCGUUGUUUCAGCUUUAAUGAGGUUCUAAUGAAAGUUCUCACACUCUGCAGCCAGGUGACGAAAUCCUGAAACAUGAGCUGACGACUUGAGGAAAACUUCAGCGAAAUAUCGGAGCUCUCACUUUGGGACUCAACCUCUAAAUCUUUAAAUUAAAAGGACUUUAUUAAAAAGAACUGUUUUCAUGUUUUUACGGUAAAGUUAGAGGAAAAUAUGAAAAACAGGAGGAGGGUUAUGAAGAGAGGGAAUUCUCUCAGGGAUCGUCUUUAAUCUUAUAUUACUCUAUUUUUAUGUUUCAUUUCAGCUUCUCCCCCGGUGAGGUCUGUUAUAUAAAAAAGAUUAAAAAUGACAUCAGGAUCCGGGCUUUUGUGUUCUCCUCUAGACCGGUGAUAAAACUGUAUGUACAGUAGAGGAGUCCCCCUCGUGUAAAUGAGGAGAAGCAUAUCAGGGUCUCCUUAGUCCUGGUGUUUGAUCUAUAGCUGCGUUUCCAUUUAAUUUUUUCGCAAAUUAAAAGCGAUGUUUAUCAAAUUUCGACAAAGUACAAUUGCGAUUUGCGGGUGUUUCCAUUGAAUGGUGUUCAGUGCAUAAGCGAGCCGUCUGCCUCUCGCGAGCCGUGAUGGAAUGGCCGUUGCCUAGCAAUGAGGUAAACUUCCUGCCCGUGCGACCUCGUAUUCCUUAAGCCUUUUUGCACGCCAACAUGGACGAGACACAAAACAUUUUGCGUUUUGGAGCAGCUAUUUCUGUGACCAUUACUGCUGUUGCCGCUGCUGUCAUCGGAAGACAAAGGCAGCGGGUGAUAAUUCAAAGGCAAAGCCCGUAUGUAUGGGAGCAGACAUGGAUGAGGGAUUUCUGGGAGAGGAUCGUUAAUGAGGAAUUCACAGACCAAUUGUGGAUUCACAACUUCAGAAAAAUACAAAUACAAUUCAAAACCUCAGAAACAACUCCGUCUCCUCCCCCGUCCACACAUACCGCGCCAUCUUCGCUUGAAACUGGUAAUUUGAAGAUGUUGCUUCUAAACCUGUAGAUAUUGUUUAAAACUGAGGAUGUAGCAUCUAUGAUUACCAAUUCUUCGUUGAAAGGACAACUGGACUUUCUUGAAACGGACUAAGGCGAAACGUCUCAAGUAAGUCCAGUUGUCCUUUCCAUGCAGUGAUUCCCACUCCAGAGACCCAUGCAGAGGCUCCUACUACACAUAGGGGUGUCCUGAUACAACUUUUUAACCUCUGAUAUGAUACCGAUAUUGUAGCCUUCAGUAUCAGCUGAAUCCGAUAUUGAUCUGGUAUUGGCAAAGACUUGUGCAUGACAAGUGUUGCACUCAGCUGAAAUGUCUUUUUCGGACUUUAAAAAUACUGCCACACUGCCGACAUCACUCCUACUCCUCUCUACGUUGUUCGUACCUGAGUACACACUGUUGUUGUGAUGAUGUAGGCUCUGCAUGCUGGAUCUGGGAGCUGCUAGCUAGAGGUCCUGGAGUGGAGUCUGGAAUGGACUGCUUGUAUAAGAGUGCUGAUAUCAGGGAAAUGAGAUGCAGGCCCCAAUAAUCCUGUAGUUGUUUUUUUGGCUGAUAUCAGGCUAUCCCUUUUUUAAAUAUAUUUUUUUGCUUAUAUCAGACUGAUAUUUAUUUAUUUAUGUAUAUUUGUUUUUGCUGCUAUCGGAUUGAUAUUCUUUUUUUUUGUUGCUGAUAUUGUACCAAUAUUUAUUUAUUUAUUUAUCUAUCUAUUUAUUUUUUGCUGAUAUCAGACCAAACUUGAUUGAUUUUUGCUGAUAUCUGACUGAUAUUCUUUUUUAUUUAUUUAAAUUUUUUGCUGAUAUCAGGCCAAUAUUUAUUUAUUUAUUUUUGCUGAUAUCAGGCCAAUGUUUAUUUAUUUAUUUAUUGCUGGUAUCUGACUGAUAUUCUCUUUUUUUUUGGCUGAUAACGGACCAAUAUUUUUUUUGUUUUUGCUUAUAUUGUACCAAUAUUUAUUUAUUUAUUUUUAAUUUUUUUUUAAUUAUUUUUGCUGAUAUCUGACUGAAAUUCAUUUUUUUUCUUCUUUUUUUUUUGCUGAUAUCGGACCAAUAUUUAUUUAUUUAUUUUUGCUAAUAUUGUACCAAUAUAUAUUUAUUUAUUUAUUUGUUUAUCUAUUUGUUUAUUUAUUUUUGCUGAUAUCUGACUGAUAUUCUUUUUUUUGUUUUGUUUUUGCUUAUAUCGGACCAAUAUUUUUAAAUUUAUUUUUGUAUUUAUUUUUGUUGAUAUCGGACGUUUAUCAUAAUUCACACAUGAAAUAUUCACAUAAAUGAAACAUGUGAAUGUGAAGACCAGCAGGAUUAAUGUUGAGGACUGCUCUGUCCACAGGGGGGCACCAAAACUGACACAAACCUAAAGUUCCUCACAGAAGCUUUAAGUAUCAGAUAUCAAUAUCGUAUAGGGACACCCCUAACUACAGAGUCAUGCCUGUUUCUAAUGCAGUUCAGCCUGAGAGCCCGGGUUUCACUCUUGGCUCUUUUGCACAGACGUGUUUGUCAUCUCCUGCACAGAUCUCUUUUUGGACAUUUCUCUUUUGAAUAAUUCAGAAAAAAUUCAGUUUUCGUUUGAAGUUCAGCCGUGAGUCCUGAAACAGAAACACUCCGUCGUCUUCGUCAAACUGCCUUUCAGGAUGUCAAAUAUGCAAAUGACAUGUUGUUGUGUACCGGCUCUUAAGUGCACUCGAAUAAUUAGAUGUUUUUCAACACCUCCGGAUGUGUGCAGGAUCUCAGGACUUUGCUGGGUCCUGUUGUCGACACUCUGACAUGUGCACACACAUGCUGCCUGAUCCAGGAGAGAGUCUCCUGCAGAGCCGUAUUGAUUCUGAAAAAGUUCACCCCGGUCUCUUCCCUCUGUUGUUGUUUCCUCAGAACAGCCACAGCUGAUUCAGGACUCAGAAUCGUUUCUGUCAUACAGGUUUAUUGAUUUAUUAUUAUUAAAGGAUUGAUCCGGGGUUUUUUUUAUGCAGUAUAUCUGGAAAUCCUGCAGACAAAGAGAAACCUGAUUCACUCAGACAGUUUGAUGGACUGAAGCCAGAAGUUUCAGUCAGUUGUCUGUUCUUCAGCAGCCAGCUCUCUGCACACACACACACACACACACACUAAAUCUAGAGACAGUGGAAGAGGACAUUGCUGCUAAGCUACGACCCAUGUAGUGUGACAGCUUGGCAUUAGAGCCACAGGGAGCUGUCUGUCUGCCUGCCUGCCUCAUAGCUGCUGUUUACCCCUCACAGCAGAGAGCAGCUGAUAUUCAGCUGGGAGACGAGCUGGGCAACAGUGGAGGAGGACUUAAAACCCACAUCGACUAAAACUUAAUGGCCAGGUCGCUGAAGAAAAAAGAAGUCCAAAGAAUAAUUGCACUUCGCAGUUUGCAAAAGUUUCUUUCAAAACUCUUUCUUGAGUUUUCCUUAGAUGUAUUUCAACAGCGAAUGUCAGGGCACAAGGGAUUCACUUCAACACCUAAAAAAUAAAUAAAUAAAUAAAUAAUAAUAAUAACAAUGAUCAAUUAAUACAUUUUAAAAUUAGUAAAUAUCAAAGUAAAAACAAUGCCAAGAUCAUACAGAAUCAGAUCAAACUUAACAAUGGAAAUUAAAUAAAUAAAGUAACCAUAUAAGGGAAAUAGUGAGGAAAAUAAAAAAGAAUAAAAUAAAUUAAUACAAACUAAAAAGAGUAAAAAGUAAUAUGAUAAAAAGGGGGGGAUAAGACUUAGAAAAAGUGAAAAAAAUAAAAGUAAAAAAGUAAAAAAAAGGGAGGGGGGUAAAAAAUAAAGUAAAACAAACAAAAAAGAUUUUAAAAAGAAAUUAAAUAGAAAGGGGGGAUACGAUUUUUAAAAAAGUAAAAAAAAAAAAAAGGGAGGGAUAAAAUAAAAAAAGAAAAAAAAUUGUGUGUGUGUGUGGGGGGGGGUUAAAAACAAAGAUAAAAAAUUAAUUCGAUGAAUAAAUCCAUAAAUAUCAAAGUAAAAACAAUGCCAAGAUCAUACAGAAUUAGAUCAUACCAAAACAAUGCACAUUCAAUAAAAUAAAAUAACAAUAUAUGAAAUAAAGAGGGGGGAAAAAAAAAAAAAAAAGUAAAAAAAAAAGUAAAAAAUUAAAAAGUGAAAAAAAGGGGGUGGGUUAGAAAAAGUAAAUAAAAAAAGGGGGAUAAAAUAAAAAAGUACAAAAAAGGGGGAGAUAUAAAUUUCUUUUAACCCUGCUACCUUAUUAACACAGAAUCCCUAAUCUUGCAUUAGUGUCAAGGAACUGCCACUGUCACUUAGUGGCCUAUAAAAUCAUCUAUAAAUGAAAAGUUGCCCUUUUUUUUUCAUGGCUGUCAUCAUUGACUUCUGCUCUAACCACUCAUAAGAAAAAAUCACCCAGCUUCAAACUUUUAACCCUUUUAAUUUUAGUGUAAACACAUUGUAAAAAAUGCCCAAAUUUAAAAAAAAGGGCUAAAAAUAAUAAGAGUAAUGCAAAAUCAAAUUUCUUUGUGCAAGAUUAUCAGAACCUAUGAGUGGUAUGAGUAUGUGUAAAAUUAGUUUUAGUUGCAGUUUCAGUUUUUGCGUGACAGCCUAAAAUAAAAAAAAAAAGACUAAUCUUGCAUUAGUGGCACGGAACUGCCACUGUCUUUGUGGCCUAUAAAGUCAUCUACAAAUGAAAAGUUGCCCUUUUUUUAUUAUGGCUGUCAUCAUUGACUUCUGCUCUAACCACUCAAAAUAAAAAAUCACCCACUUUCAAACUUUUAACCUUUUUAACUUUAGUGUAAACACACCGUAAAAAAUGCCCAAAAUUUAAAAAAAGGGCUAAAAAUUAUAAGAGUAAUGCAAAAUCAAAUUUCUUUGUGCAGGAUUAUCAGAACCUAUGAGUGGUAUGAGUAUGUGUGAAAUUAGUUUUAGUUGCAGUUUCAGUUUUUGCGUGACAGCCUAAAAUAAAAAAAAACCGACUAAUCUUGCAUUAGUGGCACGGAACUGCCACUGUCUUUGUGGCCUAUAAAGUCAUCUACAAAUGAAAAGUUGCCCUUUUUUUAUCAUGGCUGUCAUCAUUGACUUCUGCUCUAACCACUCAAAAGAAAAAAUCAACUAUUUUCAAACUUUUAAUCCUUUUAAUUUUAGUUUGAAACAUGUAUGUGCGUGUGUGGGUGUGCCUUCGUGCGUGCGUGCGCGCGCGCGUGUACCUGCGAGCGAGUGUGUGUGUGUGCCGGCGUGCGAGUGUGUGUGUGCGUGUGUGUGUCUGUGUGUGUGUGCUUACGAUCUGUGGAGCUGAGGGGCGGUACCUCCAGAUCAGGUGGCGUGGCACAGCAAUUAGCCUACGAGUAACUCGGACUGCCGGAUGCAAAACCCCGUUACCCGGAAGAAGAAGAAGAGGUCGGGACCAGAGCAGUGGAUUAAACACUGUGGAUUAAACACUGCUCUGGUCGGGACUGACCCGCGAUGGGGAUGAGCUUUGUGUGUGUGUGUGUGUGUGUGUGUGUGUGUGUGUGUGUGUGUGUGUGUGUCCCCGCCGCGAAGCGCGUAAAAUUCGCCGGCGACGACCAUCCGACACCCCUGUUUUCGAGUGGUGAGGUGAGGUUACCACCUCCAGAGCAGCCAGCGGCUCCCCGCCUUUGCUGACGCGGGCCUAAGGCUAUCUGAUCACGGGUAACGGGGCGGCUGUACCCGGGGCAACCUCGGACGCUUGGGGCGGAUGUGCCAUGAACGCAAUCGCUGGCUGUGACGAGCGCGCGCAAGAUCAUGCGCGUGCACAAACAUUUGCACACGAACACACACGACCAUGCACACACGGAAAACACUAACACAUAAAAAAAAUACAUGCACACCUGAUUUAUUCACUUCUACAGUCCACUUUUGUUUUUUUGCAAAAAAUGGCCUCUCACUGAAGGUCAAUAACGGAUAUGAAAACAAAUGAAAUUUCAGCAUUCAUAAUUUGAAAAAGUUGGAUUGGAAAUAGACUCAAGAUAAAAUGCAAAAAAAUGGGGGGAAAAAUCUGAUUUGAACUCUUGUGGCAGUAUAUUACAAACAGGUAGCAGAUUUUCCUUCCAAAAGACUGCAUCUAUCAUAGGCUGUGGUUUACGGGUGUGUCAAACUGACCAAAAUGGUAAAAAAAAAAAAAAACACCAGAAUAACAAAUUUGAGACAGAUUCAUGCCCAAAUAAAGUAAAAUGGUAAAAAUAAGAUUAAAAAAAUGCUUAAUUUUAUUAGUGAUAAAAUUAUGUGCAUUUUUUGAUUUUUGAAUAUUGUAAUUUUUGCCAAAUUCCCAUAAGGAAUAAUGGGGUUUUGACCACCUGGCUAGAUCAGCCUCUAUUAUUCAUGAAAAAAAAGGUGCACCUUGUGGCUGAAAGUGCACAGUGCAUCUUUAAUGUCUUCAGAAAAGGGGGAAAACAGUCUUUGCUGAAAUUCAUUUUUCCCACUGAUAUGGGUAUAUGUAAAAGACAAGUGGUUUCCCAUUGGAAUGCAUGGGGCACUUGUGUGGCGCUAAUGCAAGAUUAAGCAUAUUUGAAGAAAAAACCAUAACCAUAGGGUUUUUUUUCUUCAAUUUCAGGUAUAUCAUGCCUCAUCACAAAAUACACAUUUUCUAGGAAUUUCUUUGCAAGGGCAUUAAUAGAAAAAAAGUUAUAGCAUCAAAGACAAGGCCUUACCCCUCCAGAAACCUUAAUAAGGUACAAGGGUUAAAUUAUAUAUAUAUAUAUAUAUACACACACACAUAUAUAUAUAAAGUGUAUUUUCAUUACAGCGAUUAGAACAGAGAGACUGAUCCAAGUAGACAUCUGCAGCAGCGAUCCAGAGGAACCUACAGCAUGAUGGAGUUUAAGGACUUCAGGUAAAGACUGUAUCAGGGAAAGGAGCUCAAUGUACCAGUACCCCCUCAGAGCUGGUCCAGGCCUGAACCAGCUCUAAUGGACCUGGAGAGGAGCCUGAGAACUCAAAGCUCUACCACCCAGACUACUCUUAGAGACUUAAAGCACAAUGAGCGGGGAUUGCAAUGUUCUGGUGAGGUAGCAGUUAGCUUUGCAGCAAAUGUGGUGACUUCUACUCCAGAGUCAUGUCUGUUUUUAAUGUAGUGCUGCCAUAUAAAAUCAAACCAAAGAGGCAACAUAUGUUUUUUUUUUUUACUUUAUUUGAAGUCUGUUAUCUUUGAUAGUUUGGUAAAUAAUGAAUUUAGUGCCUAUGAAAUGAGGCGGUAUCUCUGGUGAUCUUGCCUCACUAACCCUGAGAAAAGAGAUCACACCAAGGUGGUCCAAAGGUCUGUUAGACUCCAGUGUUUUCUGAUGCGUUUUCAGAUCCAUAAUCCGGCAUGAAACUUCAAUCUGCAUGCUGAGUCUGUUUGCAUUUGUUUUCUCUUCUGUGUGAAAAUUGUCAGAAUGACAACUCAUAAUCAGUGUGGUGAAGUUUCCUGGAGAACCUCCACCUGACUCCAUCUUUCUCCAGUGGGCAGAUUGAUUUGUGUUCAGGAGCAAAGUCUUGAAUUUUCUGUUUAAACUUUGAUAUAAGAAGCACAUUGUUCCUAUUUGUCAGAUUUCAGAGUGCUGCAGCUGUUUUUUUGUUGUGCGUCUCAUGUGCUUGUGCUCUUUCACUUCAAGCUUUUGUGUUGUUUUCAAAGAGCCCACCUGCACAGCUUAUGUUUACACCAUGAACACAAUGUUCGUAAUGCUCCCGUGCGAUGGAUUAGUCUAUUAUGAGUUAAAUAGGCGAUUAACUACUGACAGCAGAGAGAGGGAGUGAAAACACGGCUGUGAUUCCGAGUCUAAUAACCGGAAACAUUACAAAGCGGGCUGAAAGCUCCUGUGGCCCGUGGUGAUCGCUUUGUGCAAUCAAACAACUUCAUGAUUUGUGGAUUGUGCUAAAGGAAUUGUUGUUUUCUUGUCGUGUUAUGUUUCUUGUCAUGAUAUUCAUGAAAGAUGUUGAGGUUUGUUUUUUCAGCACAUUCGUCCACCACAUUUUAGGAUUUCAGGAUUUCUUUGAAAUAUUCAUGACUCCUGGAGACGUUUCCUGCAGUCUGGCUCUUAGUGUGUGUUUGACUUUGUGUGUCUGUGAGUGUGUAGUUGGGUUUAGGAUGCUCCUGCCCUGCCGGACUAAGAAUAGCAUCCUUACUGGUCCUUUUUGCCUGCAGUCACUGUCUGAAUAUCAAGUCAACGCAUCUGCAUCCUCCACACACACACACACACACACACACACACACACACACACACACACACACACACACACACACACACACACUCUGGUACCUGAGUUAUUUUCAGCCCACCUUGAACUGAGAGAUGAAGAGAGACGAGUUGUGUCAGGGAGGACAGCUGUGCAUGCAGAUAACUUCAAACCCCCUGUCCUGUUUUUUAUAUAGGGACCAUGACUGAAAAGUAGGGAUGGGAUUGAUAAGAUUUUGUCGAUAUUAAUGCCAUUAUCGAUUCUGCUAAUUGAUUCAAUUCUUUAAUGAUUACCUUAUCAAUGCCUUUUUUUAUUAAAAGGAAAAAGUAGACUAUAGGUUUACACCGUUAACUCAAAAUAUUAUUGAGUCUCUGAUAACAGAAAAAGAUGUAUGCCACCUUCAGUGAGGGUCUAAAAAAUAAUCAAACAAAAAUGCCAUUUGUACAGCAUUUCUACCAUACAUUGUGCUUAUGUUAACACAGGACAUAUGUUAGGGUGACCAUAUUCUGAAUCCCCAAAAGAAGGACACUACUAUGCGAGACAGACUUGAGUGCAAAAUUUUAACAACAAUAAUAAAUUUCUAUUUUCUAGUCAAUCAGAGGCCAAGGAGGCUGGGCUUUCCCCUACCAUCCUACAAAAAAAAUGUCGCAUCCUGCACAUGGAGUGAGUCGCUGGUGCCGGUGCCGAGAAACUUGGUCUGCUGAGAAUUUCUUUUGGAACAUUACUCAUCACUGUUUAGCCUGACAAUAAGAAUUGUAUGCUUUUUAAAUUGUACAUUUUUGUGGACCACUCCAUGAUAAGCGGUGCACAUUUUGCGAGGUGCAUACAAUUUCAUAAAGUUUCAGUAUAAAGCUCCAUAAUAUUGGAAUAACCUUCCUCUUUCUUUACGUUCUAUCACUUCUUUUUAACACUUCAUAAUGGCACUAUACUCAUCUCAAAACAAAUUGCUCAUGUUUCUGAUUUAUUUUCUUUACUUUUUUUGCAUUUAUGUUCACAUUAUUGUCCUUGUUAAUUUGUUUUGUCUACUCUGUAUGUUUGGUGUAUGUUGGUUGGGGUUGUGUGUGGGAGUUGGGCGAGCAAGAUGUCUGUAUUUGUUCUAUGUUAUGCAUGUUAAUGUAUUAUACUGUGUCCUGAGGUCUAUGUAUGUUUGUUUAGGGACCCCCUUGAAAAUGAGAUGCUACAUCUCAAUGGGCUAUCCUUCAAUAAAUUCAUAUUCAAUUUAUAUAAUAUAAAAUUCGUCACAAAAACAUGGACUGAAAAACUGUUUUACAUUCCAAACAUGCGAUUAAUCACGAUUAAACACUGCGAUUAAUCGCACUUUUAAAAAAACAGAUCAUUUGACAGCCCUUGUUUGAUCAUUGGUCUGACUAUGUAAGUCUAUUUAGCUGUGUUGUUUUCGACCUGGGACGUCAGGUUUAGGUUUAAAAAUAUUCCUCAAGGCAGAAAUAUCUUUCCUGUAAAUCUAAAAACUGCUCCCAAAUUUGUGUCUGCGCUGCCAGACUGAUGAUUUCUGUGACCGGACGUAGUGAUGAUGAUGAUAUUGCUGAGUGUGGGGGCACGGCAGGGCUUAGAGCUCUCUCUCUCUCUCUCCCUCUCUCUCUCUCUCUCUCUCUCUCUCUUUCUCCCUCCCUCUCUCUCUCCCUUUCUCUCUCUCUCUCUCUCUGUCAUUGUUAUCCUCCAGCUUAAUGCAGGCUCGUGGCUGGGGAAGCCGCAUUAGCAAUACGAGGAGCUGAACAAGCCUGGAUGGUUAUGUAAACCACCCCCCUCCUCCUCCUCCUCCUUCUUCUUUACCCCCAUCUCACACACACACACACACACACACACACCAUCACACACACCAUCACACACAAACAAGCCCUUAAGCCUCUCUCUGGUCCGUAGCCGGCACACGCUAGCAAGUGUCUCACCCGCUUAUCGUUACAUCAUUACUACACAGCCCUACUUUCUCCUCUGCAGACUGGAUUCACAUAUAAUGUUAAAUGUUGUCGCACAAUGUGUGUAUGAAUGUGCAGCCUGCAACAACACAUCGCACUCUGUGUGUGUAUUACUUAAACUAUCUUUACAGCUCAUAAAAACAGGGUAACAUAGUUUCCCCUUCCCCCUCUGGACUCAUGUCCCACAGAUCCUCUCUGGGUUCAGCUCAGGACACUUGGCUCAGUAAUGUCAUGAUCAGCAAACCCUUUGGUGGUAGUUCUGGCACUGUGGGCAGGUCUGUAUCUCUAAACAUGGAUUCUGAUCCCCAAAGAUCUAGCGGUGUUGCUGUUACCAGGUCCCUUAUUGCAAGUAGUUCUCUAGGUGUUAGCUUACAGUUUAAUCUUAUUUUAAGUCUGGUUGCUUUUGUGUCUUUAAAGCGCGUUGACCCAAACAGCUGACCCAGUGUGUUGAAGGCAAAAGAGCACAUCUAUGCCUAAUCUGUAAAUGGUACAAAAACACAUGGGCUUUGUGAGAGCAAAUAUGUCCCUGAAUAGAAAAUACGCUUACACCAAGAUGAGUGUUUUAGCAUACACUGUAGCCUAGCUUGCGUGUGGGUUCUCCCCACAGUUUCUCUUGAAAGUUUCUCAGAACAGACCGGCAUUUAUUGUGGCUAAAACACUUUGUAGUGGCUUCAAAAAUCCUGAAAUAUCUCUUAAGGAAUCUCAACAAAAGCAGGGCUCGUCAGACUUUUGCUUUAGCGGAUACUUGUAUUUUACAACUUCAGAAAAGUCACCUACUUUAAGGGGAUAUUCUGGUGUAAAAUUAAUUUAGGGUCAAACACACCGUAACACCGAGUUAGACUACCCCCUCCAGAGAUGAAUGUUGCCGACUGCUUGCUUCUCUAGUUAUACCAACUUUAGUAACGACCGCAGGAUAGAAAUACACAGCUGUCUGAGGAGCCAUAAACAAACCUCAACCAAAACGCCACUCUAUAGCCACAAAUAAUGCUCAGAACAGCACCUAACUUCAUCAACAGGACAUAUAGGGUCCCAGCCACCAAACAUCUUUUUAACUUUGCCUAAUUUCUUUAGCAAAGACACCAAACACAACUCACCUACUCUCUUCCAGCAGCCGCUUAGAAUGCAAUCAGAUUGAGACGCUAAGGCAGAAGAACUACCGUGUCUGCAGUGCAAAAUGAUUAAUAUGAUGAUUAUUACUUCAAGGAAAUGAUAAAGAAAUGUUCAUAAAUGUUCUUCCUUGAGCUGCGUCACCCCGCUGUAGUCCAUAAUGGACUGGCCUGAGGUCUCGCUACAAACAAGUGGCUGCUGGAAGAGAGUAAGUGAGUUUUGUUUCGUUUCGUUUCGUAUAUUUAGAUCUCAAUUAGCUUUGUCUAAGGCCAUUGCUAUUCUUCCUGGAGUCUACAUUCACAGUUAGCUCUCUAUUGCAGUGCACAGUCACAAAAAAACAUCACACCACAAACACAAUGACAACAUCGAUAACCACUACAACUCACAACUGCCUACAAGAAAAAAACAAAACAACAAAAGUAGAACAAUACAACUUGUGUUGUAUUAUGUAUUAUUAUGUAUUGUAUUAUUAUUUGGCUAUAGAGUGGUGUUUUGGUUGAGGUUUGUUUAUGGCUCCUCAGACAGCUGUGUAUUGCUAUCCUGCGGUCGUUACUAAAGUUGGUAUAACUAGAGAAACAAGCGGUCGGCAACAUUCAUCUCUGGAGGGGGUGUCUAACUUGGUGUUACGGUGUGUUUGACCCUAAAUUAAUUUUACGCCGGAAUAUCCCUUUAAGAUUCGGGUAUGAUGGUGAAACUUUGAAAUGUUUGUAAGAUUACCUCAUGAACCAACUACAACCUGAUGCCUGUGUUGAGUAAAAUAAGAGGCUGGACUUGUCUUAGUGUGAAAAAACAAGUGUAAGGACAUGGCUAACCAAGAUUCUGUGACAGUUCUCAAUCUGUAAAACCAUUUCUUCGUGAAACCCGCUCCGAUAGCAGGAACAUUUAUUUUCCUAUCUGUGUUACUUGCCAAAGACUUGUCGGGUCCGCUCUUAUGAGUCCCAUAAUUAGAUCACUGACAUUGGUGUGUGGAGAUGCUGGAGGGGAUCUCACAAGCUGCGACGUGACGUCUCUUUGGCUGUUAAUGUGUUUUGACAGAGCAGCAGGACUCGGCGCUAUAAAGACGGGGAGGUCAUCUCGGUUAUAACCCAGAGGCUGCACGGCACUCGUGAAAAACACCAACGAUUCCUCGAACUGCAGAGAGGCCACUGUCAACAGGAGGUUAACUGUAAUAGAUCAGAUUAGACUAAAACCUGUCCGGACGGGAUUAACAUUACAGGAAGGGAAAUUUGAAGAGUUAUUUCAGAUGUGUUCUGACGGUUUGGAUGAACCAGGAUGUGGUUGAUGGCGAACACUCAGGAAGAGAGAGUUUCAGGAGUGUCAGAGAUGAUGUUCGAGCUAAAAUCACACUCCUGCUAAACCAUAGCUCAAAAAAAACCCAACAAAAAGAUGUCAAACGCAUAAAACCACUUGACUUGUUGAGUAAACCAAGUCCUGCAGUGUUCACUUUAGUUUAGUUUCGUUGUUGCAGCAGGUCCAGCGCCUGCAGGAGGCAUCGAUUCUUCCAGCACUCAGAGAGUCCGAUUGAAACACUGCAUCAGUCCAGAGCGUGGCGGCUCACCCUUAUUUUAUUUUAUAUUUAGCUCUCAUCAGAGUGCGGUGUGUCCUGACAUGUCACUGUGUCAGAGCUUUUCUCUGUGUUUCCAUGUUUGUGCUCGUGUUGUUGGACAAACACUGACUGAGAAAACACAAAAAUAGAGAAUAACAAAGUGCAAACACAAACAUUUAAUCUCACAUAAAAACAUAAAUAUGUCAUUUGUCUUUAUAUCACAUCUGUCUCUGUGGAGUUCAAAGUAUAAAAGGAUCAGGAUUCAAUCAAACAGUGACUUUAACCUCUGAUUAUUUCGUGUCGCUUUUUUCAAACGCAGCACUACUUCCUGGUCAUCUUCGGCCAUGAUGGACAGAAACCUCUGGAGCUGCGGACAGAGGAGGAGUCGGACUGUAACGAGUGGGUGGAGUACAUCCAGCAGGCAAGGUGAGGAAACCCUGACCUCAAGAGUACACCUCAUUUUAAAGGAGGAUGUCGACUCUCUUUAAAACUCGGACAUGAACGAUAAAUUCCUUAAAAUGAAGGAUAAAUAAAAGGAUAGGCAGCAUGUGUGAACAUGGCCCGACACCUUUAUACUGUCUGUGAAUGGUCUGAUUUUCCUGAUUUUUCUCUGUGUCAGUGUGUGGAGUUUUCUGGAUAAAAGUUAAACAGAAUAAAAGAUCGGCACAAAAUCCAACUUGACUGAAGAUUUUCACGUGUUAUUUUACGUUAAAUUAUUUGUAGCAUUGAAUAAGUUGCUGCAGACUCAGACUGCUCUCUCCCUCUCUCUCUCUCUUUUUCUGUUUUUGUGCUGAUGCACGCUGGACAUAACCACCACGUGUUUUUGCAUAUGUGUUUAACAUCUUGUGUGUGUGUGUGUGUGUGUGUGUGUGUGUGUGUGUGUGUGUGUGUGUGUGUGUGUGUGUGUGUGUGUGUGUGUGUGUGUGUGUGUGUGGACGUGUUCUGCUCGCAGCGGUUCACAUUUAGGUCACACUGGUGCUGUACCGCUACACUGGUUACAUCACAGACUUGAUCUCGCUGCUCAGCCUCCGUCUCUGUGUCUGUCUCUCCAGUUUUUAUUUAAACGUCUAAAAUCGACUCUCUCUUUCUUCUCUCCUGAACAGCGAUAAGUUUCUUUAUUGAUACCCUAUUCUGCUGAAACAUGAUGUUUGAAAAAUCUGCUCUAUAAACAAGUUGCAUGUGAUCAUCGGAACAUAAAAUUAUCUGCAAUAAAAAACACUAGUCUGUGUUUUUAAACCUCCUGAAAUGAAUCCAAGACCGUGUGUCUGAUACAAAAUUCAUAUCUAGUAUUUUUAUGUCCAACAGAAAAUACUUUCAGCCUCUGCUGCUCCUUCUCUCGGAGCUGCUAUCGUAUUCACUCACAGAUUUUGUAGUCAAACUUUAAAAAAAAAAGCAGAUUUGACAUUUAAUUUAACGUCUUUGCAAAAAUUAAAGAAAAUUAAAAAGGUAUCCAGACGGACCUGAGACGUGCUUCUGACUAGAGCUGUUUGAUGAUGACAAAAAUCAUCAUCACAAGUAUUUCUAUUGAGAUGAAUAUUGUGGUUAUUAAACAUCUGCAUCACAUGCACCCUGAGAACUUCAUAUAAUAACUCUAAGCUUUUUCAAGAACUAAAAUUGAUUAAAAUGUAAUCAACAGGGGGAAAAAAACGGUUUAUCUUGUUGUUUACCAAAGUAUUUCUAACUAGAUUUUUAAGAUUUAAAGAAAAAAUACUUAACAGUUUUAAAAGGAACCAUGCUUCAGUUCUUCACUUCACUUUUAAAUAAUAAUACCUUGAAUUUAAAGAGAAGUUUAGCAAAAAGGACAAAAAACAAUAUCUGCUCGAUGUCAGCAAAAAAAUAAAAAAUAAAAACAAUAUCAGCCAGAUAUCAUCAAAGUAAAGGUCCAAUAUCAGAAAAAAAUACGAAUAUCAGCCCGAUAUCAGCAAGAAAACAACAAAAAAAAGGUCCGAUAUCAAGGAAAAAAAAAUCGAAUAUCAUUCUGAUAUCAAAAAAAAUUUAUCAGCCUGAUAUCAGCAAAAAAAAAAGAAAAAAGAAUAUCAGCCUGUUAUCAGCAAAAAAAAAAAACUCUAUCCAGCAUGCAGAGCCCACAUGAUCACAGUAACAGUGUUUACUACACUAGGAGUGAUGUUGGCCAUGUGGCAGUAUUUUUCGUCUAAUUCUAAAAAAAAGGGUGUUGCAGCUGAGUGCAAAACUUGUCAUGCACAAGUUUGUGCUAAUAUCGAUUCAACAUUGGUUUUAGCCGAUUCUGAAGGCUACAAUAUUGUUAUCAUAUCAGAAGUGAAAAAGUUGUAUCAGGACACCCCCGCAGUAGCGCAUGAAUUUUAAAGUGUCAGGAAUUAGGAUUUUAUUUCAUCAUGAUCAUGUGUCAUGCUAACUCUGUCCAGCUACGACAGGUUAGCUUACCAUUAACAUUGUUAUUUUUGCUCGUAUGCGUCUGCAGACCUCGUUGUUUUUUCACGUUGUGCAGGCUUAGUGUAAUUUUUUCUGCAGACUGAGCAGGAUGAGACGUGAGCUGCAGCCGUCUGUGUUAAGUUGUACUAACUGUCUCUGCUCGUCCUCAAACACUGAGCCUGUCCUCGUCCCCCCCUUCACUCUCUUUAGUUACUCUGACAUCAUCAUUGAGCGUGAGAUCCUGAUGCAGAAGUACAUCCACCUGGUGCAGAUCAUGGAGACGGAGAAAAUCGCAGCCAAUCAGCUGCGCACUCAGCUGGAGGACCAGGACACGGAGAUCGAGAGGCUCAAAGCAGAGGUAUGCAUGAGUGCACAAACAUCUGUCUGUGCAUGCAAACAGAAAGACACAAACUCAGAUGCAGCUUCACAUCAAAGCGACUAAAUACAUGUGGCAUGAUGGGAAAUCUCAUCAGAGCGCAUGUGUGUCUUAAACUGGAGCUCAGCGGGGCUCCGGUGUUUUCAGAGGCCGUUACUUUAUUAUCAUGCAAAGAGAGAUUUGAUGUUUUCAGCUUCCAAAGUGCUCUCAUGAAUAUUUAACCCUCACGUGGAGUCUGCUCUUGUACCAGAUUGUGGUCCUAAACAAAGCCAAAGAGAGGCUGCAGCCUCACCAGGGAAACCAGGAGGAGGAGGACCCGGACAUCAAGAAGAUCAAAAAGGUAAAGAGUCGCUCUCAGGUGUGAUCAGAGAAACACAAAGACAUGAGCAGAAAGGAGACCAGAGGCCUCAUUUAUCAUCCGUGUGUAGAAAAGGUUCUUAAUUCUGAUGUAGGAAUAAAAUUUAGAACAUGGGAAAGAACAAAAAACCCGUAUUUAUCAAACAUGCGGACACCGGUCUUACACACACUCGUAAGUAAUCGGUGAUGAUAAAUCCCACCUGUUCUUUACUACCGUGCUCAUGCACGGUUAGGGUCAUUUGCAUUCAGAAACGCCCCCAAUUGACCAUAUAUGGGAUCAACAGUUUCUUCAAAAAUGCGUGAAUGGAUUUUUUCCCCUCCUCGAAAUCAUGGAGGUGCACACUCACAGAGCUGUUCAGCAGAAUGAAGGAGUUGUGCAUUCCUACAGGGCAACAACGUUUAACAGAUCCACAUGUGCAUCGUAGAUUUUCUGUACAUAGAUUGAAUAAAAUCUUUUUCUGUUGACAAAGCUGUAUUUAUUGUAUGACAGUGCUUUUAUAACGCUGUGGGUGCAAACUAUCGUUUCAAUUAUGUUUGGAAAUCGAGCGAUAGCAUGAAAUCCUCGUUUUAUUUUGGCUUGUUGGUGAUGUGUGUUUGGGAACUGGAUGUAAGUUGAAGCCAGAGAAAUUAUUGCAUCCAACGCCUAGCAUUGGCUGCGAAAUGCCAUAUAUGUCUCCAAUCUCAGGCUGAAAUGUCCAGGUUAGGGUGGACAGGAGCUGGAUAUGCACUGGGAUGGCUUUGGUGUAGGGCUGCCCGAUAUAUCGUUUGAGCAUCGUCAUCGCGAUGUACGUGUGCCUGUGAUGUCAGAGGCGAAUGAACUCAUCUAAUUUCAAAGGUAGCUGACUGAGAUACACUGCAUGUGACUCUGCAUGUGCUGUGCAGCGAUCCACCAAUCACAUUCGUUCUUUACUCAGUUGCCAAUCAGACUACCCUGCCAGCUGUCAAUCAAAAUUAGAGCGGAGGAAACUACGCCCCUGCACAUGGAGUGAUUCGCUGGCGAUGCUGGUCUUGUGCCAAGAAACGGAUGCCUGCCGAGAAUUAUUUUUGUAACAUUACUCAUCACUUUUUAGCCCCACAAAUAAGAACUGUAUGGGUUUUUAAAAUUGUUUAAAUUGUGCAUUUCUGUGGACCACUCUACUAUAAGCGGUGCAUGUUUUGCAAGGUGCAUGCAAUCCUUGGCAGGCAUGCGUUUCUCGGCGCAACACCGGUAACAACAACAACUAUUGCAAAAUGAGCAACAAACAAGAGAAAACCACCCAAAAUGAAGACUUGUUUCAGUUACAAGAAGGAUGAUGUAUUUGUUCUUUUUUUGAGGUUGUCCUGUCGCAACUGGUUUUAUAGCUUGUAACAACAAUCAUUCAAAAUGUUUGAUAAAUAACUAAUUGAUCAAUUUUGUACUUUGAGAUUGCUGUAUGCUGUGACUCCUUUAAUGGGUUCUAUUUGUAGUUUCACUGUUCUACCACUAGGGUUUGUGUGCAAGCAUGGUCAGAGUUGUGCUUAAAUUUACGCAUGUUCCUAAGCACCAAGUACAGGUUGAUAAAUUCCAGACUUUGCGUGGGAAUGUUCGUACGCACGGUUGAUAAAUCAGGCCCCUGGUCUCCUGUUACCUGUCCGCAGGUCCAGAGCUUCAUGCGCGGCUGGCUCUGCAGGAGGAAGUGGAAGAUCAUUGUCCAGGACUACAUCUGCUCCCCUCACGCCGAGAGCAUGAGGAAGAGGAACCAGAUCGUCUUCAACAUGGUGGAGGCCGAGACAGAGUACGUCCACCAGCUCUCCAUCCUGGUCAACUGCUUCCUCCGGCCGCUCCGCAUGGCCGCCAGCUCCAAGAAGCCUCCGAUCAGCCAUGAUGACGUCAGCAGCAUCUUCCUGAACAGGUAGAUCCUCCUCCUGCAAACAUCUAGACCUCCUCUUCAUGGUCUAAACAGAUGAUCUGAGACCGUUUUCCUCUCCUCCAGUGAGACCAUCAUGUUCCUGCAUGAGAUCUUCCAUCAGGGCCUCAAAGCUCGGAUUGCCAACUGGCCCACACUCGUCCUGGGUGAGUCCUGCUUAAGUUCCUAGACCUUUAAGAGGUAGAUCAGUUACCCCAGACCUAGUUUUAGACCUAAGUUCCUGGUAAAGUUCCUGUGGUUCCUGACCUGUUCUAUUCUCUCUCUCCCCCAGCGGACCUGUUUGACAUCCUGCUGCCUAUGCUGAACAUCUACCAGGAGUUUGUGAGGAACCAUCAGUACAGCCUGCAGGUUCUGGCGAACUGCAAACAGAACCGGGACUUCGACAAGCUGCUGAAACAGUACGAGUCCAACGCCGCCUGUGAGGGCCGCAUGCUGGAGACCUUCCUCACCUACCCCAUGUUCCAGGUACGAGAACCUCCAUCAGGGGCUUUGGCUUCUCAAAUCAAACCCGCUACUGAAACUGAGCUUCAGCACCAAUCUCGUUUGUUCUAGAUCCCACGGUACAUCAUCACUCUCCACGAGCUGCUCGCUCACACGCCUCACGAACACGUGGAGCGAAAGAGUCUGGAGUUCGCCAAAUCCAAACUGGAGGAGCUGUCCAAGUAAGUCUGCGUGAUUCGUAGGUAUUUUGAGCAACGUAUUUUGAUGAAUUUGCUCGUGAUGAUCGGUGUCUUUUUUUUCAGGAUGAUGCAUGAUGAAGUAAGCGACACUGAGAACAUCCGGAAGAACCUCGCCAUUGAGCGGAUGAUCGUGGAAGGCUGUGACAUCCUGUUGGACACCAGUCAGACCUUUGUCAGACAAGGUGAGCCUCCUCUCUGUAUCUGAAGGGUCAUUUCACUCUUCGUCAGCAGUCUCUGACUUCCGGCUCUGCGUCCUCCAGGAUCUCUGAUCCAGCUGCCGUCCAGCAGCGAGCGCGGCGUCCUCAGUAAGGUCCGACUCGGCUCGCUCUCUCUGAGGAAGGAAGGGGAGCGCCAGUGUUUCCUGUUCACCAAACACUUCCUCAUCUGCACACGAACGUCUGGAGGGAAGCUCCACCUGCUCAAGGUCAAAACCGCUUUUGAAUUAAAUAAGAAGUAAAUCUUGAUAAAUCUCAAAGUCACCAUCUUUAAAUCCGAUCAUGACAGUGAAACUCUUCUGUUUCUGUCCGCCAACAGCAAGGAGGAACGCUGUCUCUGAUCGAGUGCACUCUGAUCGAGGAGCUGGACAUCAGCGAUGAGGACUGUGAGUCUUUAUUUUUUUAUUUAUUGACUUAUUAAACCUUUAUUUAACCAGGCUAGUCCCAUUGAGAUCAAAAAUCUCUUUUCCAAGGGGAUCCGGGCCAAGAAUGGCAGCAAAGCAGUUUCAAAACAAAAAACAAACACACUCAGACUCACACAGCUCAACAUCGGCAACAAGUACAUUAAAAAUAAAACUUAAGCUGAAGCAGUGGCGUACAGACAGUUUGUUUACAAGAGUUUUCACCAAAGAUUUAAAAGCACUCAGAGACUCUAGAUUCUGUAAUUUAAAUUCAGUCUGCAGGUUAUUCCAUGUAAAAGGAGCAGAAAACCUAAAGGGCUUCUUUCCCAGCUCAGUUCAAACUUUGGGUACAGCAAACUGCACAAAAUGAAGCGAAUGCAAAUGAUGUAAUCCUUCCUUUACGACGAGCAAGGAGGAAAGGUAGAUAAAGACAGCAAUGUCCGAGGUGACGUGUGCUUAGAGGAGUCCAGUUGACCUUUGAAUAUAAGUCACAGUGGUGAGUAAGAAGUCUACAGUUGGGGAUAAAUCUCAGAGCUUCAUUGUAAACAGUGUUCAACAUCUGUAGACUCUGAGCAGAAGCAUUCAUGUACAGUAAAUCACCAUAAUCCAGCAUAGGUAAAAAUGUUGACUCAACAAGUAUCUUUUUAACCAUAAAAGAGAAACAAACUUGUUUCUGAAGUAAAAACCGAAUAAAACCUUAAGCUUUUUGGUAACAAACUGAAUAUGCUCUUUAAAAGACAAGUUUUCAUCAAGCAGAACCCCAAAUAUUUAAAGGUGGAAACCAGUUCAAUUUCUUGACUAUCCUUAGUAAAAAUUUUCCCAGGCAAGAUUAUUUUAGCCACUCUAGAUGAUGUAAAGAACAUGAGUUUAGUUUUGUCUGCAUUUAGAACAAGCUGAUCCUAAACUAAAUCAAAAGCAUGCUGGAGAUUUGUAAGGCUUGUGCAGGUGAAGGUGCACAGCAGUAGAUUACCGUAUCAUCAGCAUAGAAAUAAAGCGAUGAAUUGGGAACAUUUUGUCCAAUCCAAUUUAUAUAUCAUUUAAACAACAGGGGGCCCAGUACAGACCCUUGAGGCCCCCCCUUCUAAAUUUUUUAGUAUCUCAGAGGUAACACCAUCUAAUUGAACUGCCUGAGUUCUGUCAGUCAGAUAGUUGGAAAACCAACCAACAGCUUGUUCCAAAAACAAACCCCUUUAUAUCAAACCCGGAUCCACCUUAGCUCCAGGAUCUGAGGUCUGGACUAUUUAUUGUGUUUCAGACAACGCUGCAGGUCAGGGCUUCAACCACCUGCAGUUUAAAAUCCUGGUGGAGUCUCCAGACGGUCAGUCCUUCUCCGUGGUCCUCCUGGCUCCAUCCCGACAGGAGAAAGCCGCCUGGACUAGCGACAUUAGCCAGGUAAGCCGACUAACAGCUUCAACAUUUGAGUAAAGGUUCAGAUUUCAGGUCAUGUAAACAAUUUUUCUUCUUUCAGUGCAUCGAUAACAUCCGCUGCAAUGGCCUGAUGACCAGUGUGUUUGAGGAGAACUCCAAAGUGUCUGUGCCGCACAUGAUCAAGUGAGUGAACGAUUAAGAAUAAGACGAAUAAAGGAUAGUCCAGGUUUGAUCAUGUGACGUUCCUCCUUCAGGUCUGAUGCCAGGCUGCACAAAGACGACGUCGACAUCUGCUUCAGUAAGACCCUCAACUCCUGUAAAGUUCCUCAGAUCCGGUAUGCCAGCGUGGAGCGGCUCUUGGAGCGACUCACAGACCUGAGGUUCCUCUCCAUCGACUUCCUUAACACCUUCCUCCACACGUAUCGGAUCUUCACCACGGCCGCCGUGGUCAUCGACAAGCUGGCUGACAUCUACAAGAAGCCGUUUACCUCCAUACCUGUAAGGUAAGAGCGGAGCCUGUGUGGGACUGAGUUAAAGGGAGAGUCUGCGCUUUUUCGGGAGAUGUUUUGAUCUAUUUUGGAGUAUAACCCCGAAUUUCCACCGCAUUCCGGAAAAGCAGUGAUUUUCACCGUCCGCCAACUCCUACCAGAUCCAUUUGUGAGGCGAAUUUUGUGGCAGAUUUCAGACAGCGAGAGUAACGAGAACUCAUAAGAACCUGUGGAUUCACGUGCAAUUGUGCGAUAACAAGUUGUCUCUAUAAAAACAGCCACAUAGACAUAUAAGCAGUAGAUUGUGUCCCUCCAGAGGAGGAAAUCCACUUCUAGACUUCUAGAAUCAGCAUCUCCUCAUCCAUGGUGUCAUCGGGGUAAAAUGACAUCUGAAAACCUUUCACUUGUUUGUCCCCACCCACGUUUGCAUGAUGUAAAAUACGAUCCGCCUGAAACAUGGAGUGUUUUAUUCUGUGUCUGUGCCCGACCUCCUUUCCAGCAUGGGUUAAUCUGUGCUGAUUAUAUCCAGCUUGCUCCGGCAUCCGGAGAAAAUAGAACUCUUGCGAUCAGCUGCGCAGUCCGGCGAGCCACAGCGGUACAGAAAGAUGCCGGUGGAAUUUGCCACAUUGACUUGAAUGGUUAUGAUCAGCUACGAUCGGCGGAUACGGCCUCUUCGCAGCUGUCCGGAUGCAGUCAGGGUACAAGUUUAAAAGUUCUCCCGGACUUUUGGACUUCAAACUGAGUUUACUGUCACACGUUUAAGGAAAAUUCACCCGUCCUCCCAUCUCCUCUCAGUUGCAUGUCUGCACACCAUUCACGUUUCAUCUCCACAUUUUCUCUUCUUCUCAUUCAUCUCCAUCACCUCCUCAUUUCCUCCUCUAUCACCUCGUUACGCCCUCUUUCCCCUCCUCAUCUCCUCCCUGUCACUGUCCCAGGAUCGAGCAGCAUUCAUGUGACCGUCUGUCCAUCAUGUCCCUCUGUCCUGACUACAGUCUGAAGAUCACUCAGCUGGCUCUGGACCAGUCAAAGUAAAUAAAUGCUACAGGACUGCCACUUUACUUUGUCACAGGCACUUAAAGAUGUUCACAAACGCUCUUCCUCCCCCCUCAGGUCUCUGGAGCUCUUCUUCGCCACCAACCAGGGCUCGUGGGCGACCGACCCCCUUAACAACAAGUCCCCUCGUCUGUGCCGCAAGUUCUCCUCUCCCCCUCCCCUCUCCAUCCCCUCUCGUACCUCCUCCCCCGUCCACUCCCGCAAGCUCUCCCUCAGCUCCCCUAUCGGCGGGAAAGCGGGCAUCAUGGACCUCUCCACCACCCCCACCUCCUCCGCAGCCAACUCCCCCACCUCCAGCCACUGCCCCUCCAUCUCCUCCCCGCCGCCUGGCUCCACAAGGCCCCCUUCUGGCUUCUCCUCCCCGCCGCCCGUCGCCAAGCGCUCCCCCAGCCUCCCACAGGCCUCUGGGGUGUCCUCACCGCCCCCCAUCCUCACCAAGGCCCCUCUGGACCUGAGUCGCGGCCCCAGCUCCCCUGAGCUGAGCCCCGCCGCAGGGGAGGACGUCAGUGGGGAGCUGCCUCGCCUCGAUGCCUUCUGCGGGAAACUGAGGCGAAGCAUCCGCAGGGGUAUGAAGCUAGAACACAAAGGCACAUGAUUCACACUCUGACACACACACGAGCAGCAGCAGCACACGUGUGGGCUCACAGUUACACACACUCACACUGUUCACAACAUCAGGUCUAUAAACAGGUCGAUCUUGAGCUCGAACUGAGAUUUAUUUACUGUUUGUGUUUUUUCACGGAGUCUGAUGCCGCGCUGACGGCGUCCUGUCAUCCCAAACAGACGUGGGAGAAAGAGACAGAAAUGGGUCAGCGUUACCCAAUGGAGGAAUCAUCGUGCUCUUAGAUCACCAUCUGGCUCCAGCUGACAGCCUGUUCACUUUAAAAACAGCAACAGAGCACGAGGUCAGAAAAACCUCAGAACGUAAAUAAAGAAAAGAGAGUCCUCCAAAAACACUCCAAACACAGCAGCUCCUUACCCAGCGGACAGGAAAUAAACACAAACAGAUCCAGAUAUUACUGAUCAGACCUCUGCUUAGGAACAGAAACUCUCUUUGGAUUUUUUCCGACCGCCGUUUGGAAGUUCAUCGGCGCACAAUCAUAUAGGGUGCAUAGAGGAACGAUUCAGUCCCUCAAUUAGAGAUGUUCCAAUACCAAUUUUUCCCUCCCAAUACCGAUUCCGAUACUUCUGCCGUGGGUAUCAUCCGAUACCGAGUACCGAUGUGGCCGAUAUCGAUUCUGAUACUUGUUCUGCGGGUAUUGGCCAAUACCAAGUACCAAUAUCGGCUGAUACAGAUUCCGAUACUUGUGCUGUGGGUAUCAACCGAUACAGAGUACUGAUUUCGGCUGAUUUUGAUUCUGAUACUUGUGCAGUGGGUAUCGGCUCAUUCCGAGUACCGUUAUCAGCCGAUACCGAUUCUGAUACUUAUUCUAUGAGUAUCGGCCGGUGCAGAGUACCGAUAUUGACCAAUACCGACUCUAAUACUUGUGCUUUCCGUAUUGGCUGAUACCCAGUACUGAUAUUGGCUGAUUCCGAGUACCGAUAUUGGCCGAUGCCAAUUCUGAUACUUGUGCUGUAGAUAUCAAUACCAGGUACCGAUCCGAUACCUGUAUGUUAUAAAAAUAAAUAUAUCAUACCAGGCCUGCAUACCAGGCCUGAUCUAAUGAUCAUUCUGGCUCAGGUUAAACCCUUUUGUAAAACACAGAUAAAUACAGCAAAUUUUAGCCAUUUAUUUAUAGAUAGAAUAGUAAAUGAAAAAACAGCAAAUCCAAUUUAACUAAAUAAAUCUGGGAAUAAUUAAUUUAAAAAAAUUUAAAGUGCAGCCACAAUAUUUUUAAAUAAAAAGGGAAAUUUAAACAGAACAGAAUAAAACAGUAGUGCAAUGGCAACUUUAAUGAAUAAAUCUAGAAUUAUAUUUUGUUUUUUUUAAUUAAAGUGCAGACACAGUACUGUAAAAUAUCUUGGAGUCUUGGGAUAACAACUGUUUUGAUUUGACGCAACAGUUGUUAUUUAGGCACUAUAUGUUAUAUAUUUAUAUUAUAAUACAUUAUAUUAUUUUUAAUUUUUUAUUAUAUUUGGCACUAUAUAAAUUAAAAUUUGAUUGAUUAAUUGCUUGAAAAUGAAGGCAUAUAAAUACAACAGUAUAAAUAACAACAUCAUGAAAUACUGCUGCACUGCCAACAUGACGCUAGUGCUACUUAGCUGCUUAGGUCCAAGCAUCGUCGACUGAGUCAACAGGCUCUGGAUUGGCGAAGAAGAACUGCGUCAGAGCUAAAUUACUAAUUUAAUAAAUUACAUGGUAUCUGAUCGGUGCCUGGACUCCAGUACUCGCCAAUACUGAUGCCAGCAUUUUCGGCAGUAUCGAAGUAAUUUCUGAUACUGGUAUCAGAAUCGUAACAACUCUACCCUCAGUUAUUGUUUUUGUUUUAUUUUUUGUUUCCUAUUUGAUCAUCCUGUGAUAUGAAACAGAAAUCAUCUUUAAUCUUAGAGGCUUUAAUAAUGAUCUUUGAGUGAUUUCAUGUAAUUAAAGAGAUCGUUUUUAUCAAUUACAGGACAACAGGAUUCAUAAUGAUGUUAAACAUGACUUACAUUUACAUUAAAAUCAUCAGUUUGGUUUUAAAAACAGGCAGAUUCAUUAGUUUUAAGACAAAAACACCCUCAUGUUGGACACUGAUGGUUUCAUCCAUUUAUUUAUGGAUCUAUAGAUACCAGUGGCGGCUGCUGGUCUUUCAAGGAGGGGAAGCUCAUUUUUCUGGCCUACAUCAUAAUUGUAUUUGUUUAUUAGUAUGUAACAGAACAGAGUCGCCAAACACAACGGCAGUCGUUUUUAACAAAGACAAAAGUCGCUGAGGAUCGGUAAAGUCUCUGGAGUAGUUAAGAACAACAGAAUGAAUAACUUGGAAAAUGCUUUGGUAGAUGUUUUUUUCUUCAAGAUCGCUGAUUCGCUUGUUUAGCUGUCAAUCAAAAAAGGAUUUCGCCUCAGACAGCUCAUCCAAUCAUGGAUGCAGAAGCUCGGAGUCCGGGAGAAAGUUGGGACCGCCCUCUCGUCAUAGAACUCCAGAGAUGCUGAGCGUCGGAUGGGCGGGACAAAGCCCAGCAUUUAUCCAAUGAGCGUCUAGUUUCGCUGCUGGAACAACCCACUUUGAGCUUCCACAUUGAAGUCAGCAGAAGCCCAGCGUCCGGCUGUUUAAAGCGCUGAGGCGCUGCGAGGAUGAAUGAGAACGAAGUUAUGCCGGUUACCUGUGAUUAUCAGCUUCUUAUUACAGUGUUUGAACAAAAGAUGAAGGCUUUCUAGCGCGUAUUUAGUUAAUGAAAUGUACACACAGCCGUACGUAUUUCACCACUUGCAGUCUUAGAGCAAUCGCCACUGAUAGAUACCAUGCAAAAGAAAACCUGGUUCUGCAGCAGAAAAUUUCUGGAACUGCACUUUUAUUUGUGUCGUCAAAGUGUGUCGGCUCUAACUCGAGGAAACUCUCUGUUAAAAGUUUAAAGUUUAGGAUGGGACCAAAGUUUCCUUGUGUUUUAACCCUUCAUUAUCUCUCCCUUUAAAAGCCGUCCUGGAGUCGGUUUCUCUGGACAAGUUUAUUCCUGAAUCUCCAUCCAGCACUGAAGGGGGGGACAUGUCCCCGUGCCGCUCCCCGACGACACCAAGACAUCUCCGCUACAGAACGUCAGGAGGUAUGUGUCCUUCAAACACACACAGACACACAGUAAUAAAGCUGUCUCCUCUGAUGUCCUUCUUGAAUGUCUUCGCUUCCUCGUAGUCACUGCGGGCGAGAAUUCUCGCUGCACGAUGUCGCCCGCUUCGGCGUUUGCGAUUGCCACGGCUGCUGCAGGCCACAGCAGCUCGCAGGGUCAGUACAGAAAGCAGUGAAGGUCAAAAAACACCAAGAAGGCAAACUGACCGUUGAAUCAGUUUUAUUUCUUUCCUCCAGGUUUUAGUAACUCUGAGAAAACCUGCGACAAAGAGUUCAUCAUACGGAGAGCCGCAACCAACAGAGUCCUCAACGUGCUCCGACACUGGGUCUCCAAGCACUCACAGGUGAGACCAAAACCUUUCAGACUCACGUCUCCAGGACUCAUUGUAUUACUGAAUAAGGGGGGCAAAAGUGUGAUCAACGAUGACUUUUAUUCUGCAGAAAUUCACCUUAAAGGUCCUUGCACACCAGGUACAACGCAAAAAUAUGACGCGAAAUUACAAAAUAUUCGGAGGUGAAUUUUGACGUGUCUGAUACACAUCAAGCGUGAUAUGAUUUUGCGACUUUCCGGGGGGGGGGAAGACGCGUUCCGGGUGGAAGUGAGAAGACUGACACAACACCAGACUAACUGUUUUUCAGUUCUGAUAAGACACUAAUCCAUAAACGUAAGGUAACAACCGAGACCUAAUGGUGCUGUUACAGCAGCGCGAUUGAGUUUGAGACAGUGAAAAUACAUAUGGUAUGUUGUAUCUGAUACUUAGUUACUUAGCACAGAUCAAAGUUAAAGACGUUUAGCAAACUGUCAAGAACACAAACCAUCGUCAUAUGAGAAAUCAGACGCUAUGACUUUCCACAAAUUGUCCUUCAGGUUGUUAUUUUUGUAAUAUUUGUGUUUUUUAUCAAAAAGCACUCUGUUCUCCGACACGUAAACAAUCAGCCGGUCAGCCAUGUUGGAUAUACCGGUGAAUCUGAUGUCGCAACAACACAAUCUGAUUGGUCAGAAGUGGACACUCAGUAUGCGAAACUUUAGAAAAAUCAGCCGUGAUCCGAAAGAAUAAAUGCUGCAACGUCGCUGAUGUGAACACUUGUAUUGACAGGAUACAGGUUCGAAAAAAAAUACUGACAGCUGAAAUCAUUGCACCAAAAAACGCUCACGGUCUGAAAGGACUUCUAGUCUGAAUUAAGAGCUGUGAAAGUCACAUAUUUGUCCUGGAUGCUUUUGUUUGUUUUUCUUUGUAGGAGGGUAGGGGAAAGUCCUGCCUCCUUCGCUUCUGAUUGGCUAGAAGUGCUGGAGACGUAAUCAAAAAGCGGGCUGUCGGCUGUGUACAUCGAACAGAACUUUACAGAACAUUAUUGCACUUCUGAAUCUCCUAACCCUUACCCUAAACUGACAGACAAUGAUGUUUGACAGCCAUAAGGAAUAACAAAUUGGAACCUAGCACUUCUAGCCAAUCAGAGGUGAAGGAGGGCGGGACCUUCCCCUACCAUCCUACAAAAAAAAAUGUGUGUCAUACCCUCAGAAUAAAAGCACGGUGUGAAAAAAAAGAGAUCAGAAAAGCAGGAAGACUGAAAAGUAUUCUUAGAGUACAAAAACAGGACAUUUUUACUCUCCUGACACAAACACAGUGGAUACAGGAUGAACACAGACCUUGUUUUAUCAUGUUUCUGUCACCUGGUGGUCUAAAUUUGCUCGACUUGCAGAAAAAGAAAACGUGCGUCUUGCAUUAAGGCCUCCAGAGGGGCUGGAAAAAGGACCCUUGUUGUGUUUUCUCCGUUAAAAAGGCACUGCGUAACAUUUCCUUCACUCAACAGUGAUCACUUCAUGGUGUUUUCUCCAAUAACAGGAAAUCAUGGAGCAUUUUCUCCAACUGUAGGGCACUUUCUCACAAGAAAGUCUCCGUUCAGGGAAUUUUUUUGCAUUUUUUUAACCAAAACUUCACCAUCAUGAUUUUUUCUCCACUAGAGAGGCACUUACAAAGAUGCUUUACUUUAGGAUUACACCUCGGAGGUUCAUUUGUUGCAUUUUCUCCACCAAGGAGAAAACCUGGAGGAGACUUUGUCACUUUUUCUCUGAGCCGGCCUGGACGUCUUGCUCCUCUUUACACACCCCUCUUUGCCCUUUUGUAAAAAAAAAACAAAAACAAGAGCAUCAGAAGCAGCUCCCCUCAGCUGUGAUCUAAAAACAAACCCAGCGGUACCAAUAGUUUACAGAAAACUCAAACCAGGACUCAGCGAGCCCCUCUGAGAGUCUGUUGUUGUUUGUUUUCAUCACAACCCCAACCCCUCCUCCAGCCUCGUGUGUGCAUCCUCUCCCGUCACUCUUUCCCCUGAUGGAGGUGCUCUUUGCUCUGCGUGUCUUUUCUGCCACCCAGGAAGCGUGUGGAAAGGUCAGCCGCCUCCCCAGGACAGUAAAUAGGAUGAGCAUUUUCAUUUAAGAUUAUAUAAGAGAGGUUAUUUCUGCUCCCUAAUGUGGCAGCCUGAAAAGUGAACAUUUAUUAUUUGGUGAUAUUGACAGAAACCACUCUGGCAGGAUCUGAGACUGAGGCGCUGACCUUUAGUCGGUGUUUGGACCAGAGAAACACUCACAUCAGCCUUAGCCUGGACAAUAAUCCUUGUUCCAUAAAUCAGAGGAAAAAUCAGGAAGGUUUGGUUAGUUUUUGACCCAUAUUUUACCUUUUUAUAAAAAGAGCACCAGAGGAGCAUUAAAUAGUGACUUAAAUCAUGUAUUUCUGCAGAGAUAUUUCAUAGAUAGCCCAGACUGUUCAUCCUAAAAAGACUAAAACUUAAAAUAUAUGAGACGUGUAUUGGUUCUUCGGACCUAGCUUCACUUUUACAAACGUCAAUAUGUCACUGAGUUUGAAGCUUUAAAGUUGUCCGGCUCAAAUUAAACGAAAGCUUCAGAUCUACAUUAGGCUGUAUGUGCCCACCUCUACCACAGAUAAAACGACUGAGACACUGCACAUGAUGUAGACGUCCACUAGAGGGCGUCCUUUCUCCUGUGCACAGCAGUCAAGGCUCCAAACACAGAGAGUAGAGUGAUCACUUUAGUGUCUUUAAACAAUCAGAAUAAGAAGAACAGGUUUUAUCUUUCUGCAGAAAUGAUUUUACAGACGCUUGUAUGAUCUCAAACUGUGACUCAGCUGUACACUGUGGUUAAUCUGUUCCUCCAUCAGGACUUUGAGAUGAACAGUGAUCUGAAGAUGGGGGUGGUGGGUCUCCUGGAGGAGGUGCUGCGAGAUCCAGACCUGCUGCCCCAGGAGAGGAAAGCUACCAGCAACAUAUUAAGGUAAAACAUUAAUAAACUUGACACUUAAACUAAUAAGGGGAGGGACAAAUGAUUUUUAUUAUGAUAUAUAUUGAUAGAUAUACUCUGUGUAGUUUAUGCAACAUGCAAAUAUGUGAAAUGCGACCAAAGGAAGAAAAUAUAAAGUUAAAACUUUCUUAUCAAGUUAGGCGAGCGCAGAAUGUUCUUUUACAGUCCCAUUACCGCAAUAGGGUUUUGUUUAUUUUAUGAAAAAAUAACUGAAGGUUAGAAAAUGUGAACUUUGUCACAUCUGUUAUACACUGUAAAAAAGUCUGAUUUUUUUAAAGUGAAGUACCGUACAACCUUUUUAGCUGUAACAGUGAAGGGAAAAUGACAGCUGUAAAUUUAAUGGUGGAAGUUAAAAAUUAAUGUAAUCACAAACCAUAAAAAUGCACGUUUUUACUGAAAAAAAAAGAUAUUAUGUUAUUAUAUUUUUCUGUAAAUUUAACAAAAAACAACCUAAUUUAAGAAGUAACAUCACUGUAAAUCUUACUGGGAUUAUUGCGUUACAUUUUCUGUUUAAAUCUAAUUCUUUAACGCAAUUGACUGUUUUGUAAUUUUUACUGGUAAUUCAUGCAAACAUAGCAGCAUUUGCUACGGUAUUUUGCAGUUUUUUGUGUUCAGUUUUAUUUAUUUACGAUUUAGUUCACUGUUACGAAAACUGUUUGUGACCUUUGUAGAAUUUACAGUCUUUUACUGUCAGGGUUAAACUGUUUUUUACUGUUAAAUCUGCUGAAUUUUUUCAUAAGUGUUAAUUAACUCCACUGUAAAAUGAUUUAGACUUUCCCUCUCACAAUUGAUUGUUCUGUAAUUUUAACUGAUUAUUUAUGCAAACAAUGCAGCAUUUGCUCAUUACUAUUUUAAGGUAUUUUGUUGUUUUUUUUGUGUUCUGUGUUAACUAUUUUCAAUUUAGUUCACUGUUACAGAAACUAGUUCUUACCUUUUAAGAAAAUGCGGUCUUUUGUUGUCAGGGUGUAACAGAUUUUUACUGUUAAACCCGCUGACUUUUUUCCCCUCUCCAUCCAGCUCAGCAUUCUUUUAACUUUGUCAGGAUUAAAGUGCACAGAGCAGCUCUGAGCAGCAGAGAGUGGAGAUGCUAACAGCUGUAAUCUCAAACUGCACAGAGAUAAUUGUGAAUCCUGCUCGUUAAACGGGGCCUGGCUGAUGAUUAAACAGCAGUUUUUGAGGAUUUACAGCAUAUUAAUGCAUUUGGUUGAAGCACUGAAGAUGUUGAGGGGGUUUUUCUCUGCAGUGCCCUUUCUCAAGAAGAACAGGAUGAUGCUCAGCUGAAGAUCGAAGACAUUUUACAGAUGGUCAGUAUUAUCCUCCAUUAAUACUAAUAUUACAGGAUUGUACUGUGGAUGUAAUUUUAAAGAGUAAAUAUUUGGAAUAACUUGUCUGCAGAAAAGCUGCCCCCUGCUCCACUUCAUCGUGGUAAGAAUACUGAUCUGACUGCAGCUUUAAAAACAGCAGCUGGUAGUUAUCGUGUGUUUUAGUAAGCACUGUCGCUCCUCAGUCCUAGUUUGUGGAGUUAGUUUAGCACUUGUGUGUUUCUCUAGUUAAGCACAGGUUUAAUAAAAUUUCUGCUGCUGAGGUUUUAAAUGUUUGUUUGCAGGCGGAGAGUCCUAAGCCCGAGUGUUUCGAGUCUCUGUCGGCAAUGGAGCUUGCCGAACAGAUCACUCUGCUGGAUCACAUUGUGUUCAGGAGUAUCCCUUAUGAGUGAGUUCAACAUGAAGUACAACAGAGCAGCCAACUUUGAUAAAUUUUUAACUUUUUUAAGUCUGUAGUUUUCACAUAAUGAUGAUGAUUCUGGUUCUGAUCCUUCAGGGAGUUUCUUGGUCAGGGCUGGAUGAAGGUGGAUAAGACAGAGAGGACUCCAUAUAUCAUGAAGACCAGCCAACAUUUUAACGAUGUAAGACCAAAAAAAGAACAUUGAACAGUUUCAGAAUAAAGUUCCUGAGUGGAUCAUGUACAGUACAUAAUGUCAUUCAAAGAUUCAGAGGAUCUGGAGAACUCUCUGUACUAAAGGGACAAGGACCAAAACCAAGACUAGAGAGAGAGAGAGAGAAUAAAGUUCCUUAAUGGAUUUCAUCAUCUACAUUCUAUAAUAUCGUUCAUAGAUUUAGAGGAUCUGGAGAAAUCUCUUUAGGGGAGAGUGGGGUAAGUUGAACCACCCUGCUGCUUGGAAAUGGUCAAAGAAAUUGAUCAUCAACAAAUAUUUAGGAGAUGGGCAUCAAUUCAUGGAGUCUGUGAAGAUUAGAAGCACAUGGGUGAAGGGGUUAGACAUUUAUUUACAAAAAAAACAUUUUUCACUCUUGAAAGUGAAUUUAGUCUGUCAUAAAUUUGAUAAGAAUUAUGUUCAAGAUCAUUUUAAAUUUGUUUUUUAUAUCAAUUGUGGUAUCUAUGAGCUACAACAUGAGGUCAAAAACCUAACAUAAAAGUCCACCAUUUUAGCUUAGAGGACUAAUAAAGUCAUAAUAGUGGUUCUGGGGUAACUGAGAAAGUAAAAUAGUCUGAUCAGAGUUUCAGUUCAGAUUGUUGAAAUGUUUUUACUUUGUCUUUUCAAAAAUACAGCUGUGAAUGUUCUGAAUCACUUAAAGACAUUCUCAUGUUAAAAUGACUUUUUACAAAACAGCUUUUUAGCAGUUAUAUGCAAUAAUAAUAAAAAGAAAUAUUGUACCAGUUGAAUAGUGUGUACUAGAUAAAAAUACACAUGAAUGUGAAGAAGUGACUGUUAUUUAGGGAGAGAGCAGGUGAGGGAGGGCUGGGGUGGAGAGUGGGGGGUAGUAGGGACACAGCUCAACUUACCCCAUACACGGGGUAAGUUGACCAUAGGAGACCACUUUUUUUUGGCAUGCUAUAUUAUCAAGACAGUUCUGUUUACACUCAUUCUGUUGGUUUGCAGGGAUGAACAACUUCAACACUAGUUAGAGACAAAACUAUGAUCAACUUGAUGUAGUGAUCCGAAAUGUUUCAUCUUACCCCACUCUCCCCUACUAAAGGGACAAGGGCCAGAACCAGGAAUGGAUGGUCCUAAUCUUCAGGGGCCUCAGUUAUAAAGCUUGCUUACGCACAAAACCUGGCUAGAAAUUGCGUACGCCACUUCUUACGCAAGAGUUGGGAUUUAUAAAAGAAAAACUAGUGUAGGAAUGUGCGCAACUUUAAGCAAACUCCACACCUUGCUUACGCACUUUUUGGAGACAAUCGGAGCAAGGUGAGAACAGUCCGGAUGAUGCGUUCAGCACAACAGAUGACUCGAUGCAGCCUCUCUGUCCUGAGAGCUGCAGCUGCUGUAACAGGCAGUGAUGCUCGCAGAAAGCACAGACCCCACUGUGGCGGUGUAGAAAGUUUGCCAAUUUGAAUUUACAAAUGUGCAAAAAAACAAAUUCCAUUUACAUGCAUUUGUUUGAAGAUUAAUAUGACUAAAACUUUUUGGUUUACGAACUUUCACCACAUAAGCAGCGGUGGAUAACGGAGCAGUUUUUUUUUUAACACAUGCAUGAGUGUCACACGUGCUUGUUUUUUCUGAUCCUCACCUGUCGCCGCCACGCUCUGACGGUGCAAAGCCACUUUUUUCUUUGCCUCCACCUUUAGAUCAGACCACUUCUUCACAGUGUUGUUUUCGUCAACGUCAUCGUCAACGAAAACAAAACUCCACGUGUUUGCGCGCGCGCGUGUGUGUGUGUGUCUGUGUCUGUGUGUUGGAGGAGCACAGCAGGCUGAUGACAGCUGUCAUAGCGGACAGAAGCUGCUCUUAUAUGUUUAGCGUUUAACUGACUGAGUUUUGCAACUCUGUUCGUCAUUUUCAUCUCGUCCCAUCAACGUAAACGCACUUUCGUCUCGUCACAUUUUAGUCAUCCCCGACUUAUGUUUAGCUCGUCAACGUUACGUCUUCGUCGUGGAAGAAAAGGGAAAUAUUUUCGUCAACGAAAACCUCGUUGACGAAAAUAUUUCCCUUUUUUGACGCUGGCGUUGCCGAAAAUAUUUGACGAAAUAUGACGAAAACAACACUGUUUCGGCAACGCUGCGCUCAGUGCCAACCGCAAUUACCGCCACCGCUACGGCGUUUUUAUUGGUGAUGCCACUCGAAUGGCCGCCGAAUAAGGUCUCCCGUCUCGCCGCCACCUCAAUUACAAGAACCUCCACCUCGGUCUCUGAAAAGUUUCUUUUUCUACGACUUGCUGAUGCCAUGGUUAAGCGUGAAAUGCCGUGGAUCCAUCAGGCUUAUUUAUAUGCAAAUCACAUUCAUUAGGGAAUUUGCAUGACCAUACAUGGUGAAUUUUGGGUGUGGAGAGGGCGAGGCAUGAAUCGAAUCCCUGCUGCGCAACUUUCCGGCUGGUCUGUGAUUUAUAAAGGGAAAGUGCGUGCAGGUGUGCGUAGGAAGGGUUUUAUAAAUCAGAUUUUUUUUUUGCCUACGCACUUUUCAGCUUUUCAACUUACGUACACUUUUAGUAUGGAUCCUACGCCAGGUUUUAUAAAUGAGGCCCCAGGGCAUUAAAAACAGACAGGACUCUGGAGUGGGAAUCACGACAUGGAAAAGACAACUGGACUUACUUGAGACCUCAAGCAAGUCCAGUUGUCCUUCCAACGAAAAAUUGGAAAUCAUAGAUGCUGCAUCCUCUGUUUUAAACCAUAUCUACAGGUUUAGGAGCAACAUCUGCUGACAUCCAGACAAAGACUUUUUCAGAGAAGACCUUCAUAUGAGCCCAAACCACAUUCUAACAACAGGGAUUACAACAGCAUGGCUCUGGAGGGGAAGAGUCCUCUUCAACUUUGAGAUUUUUUUUUUCCCUUUUUUUUAAUAACCAGAUUUGGUUUGAUUUUCAGAAUUUACAUAGAACCAUGCGAAAUUUUAAUUCAAAUAAGGUAGAAAAUGACAAGAAAAGGAUAAAACAUGAGGGGGGGGGGGGGAAACAAAAAGAAGGGUAAACAAAGAAAAACUCCAACAUCAACACAACAAUAUGUCAUCAAUUAAAGAAAUCUGUGUCCUUGUAUAAAGUAUUUUUAUCAUUAGCUCAGUCUGGACCCUUCCAUAUAGUUUCACUUAGACCUUUAGGCAAGUAAUCUAUAAGGGGCCGCCAUGUGUCCAUAAAGAUAUCAUCAUUCCCUUUUAAUUUGGCACUUAGCUCUUUCAUCAGUAAAACUAUAAAAAAUUCUUUGUACCACUGAGUUACAGUGGGAGGUUUUUUGCUAGUCCAAUUAAAUAGUAUAUAUUUUCCAGCCAAAUGUAAGAGUUUAUUAUGUAAUUUUGAUCUCCCAUCCAUAACGUUGUUUGUAGGUGGCAGCCCCAACAGAAACUGGCCUGGAUCUUCACAGAUCUUGUUUUUGAGUAUUGCUGUCACUUCCUUAGAUACACAUGACCAGAACUUUGAUAUUCUUGGACAGCUUCAGAAGUAGUGUAUAUAUGUUCCAUUUGUUAACUUACAUUUAAGGCACAAUGGUGAUCUAUUAGGGUCAAUUGUGUUCAUAACAUGAAGUGUUUUUCACUUUUAUGAUAAAGAAGUUCACGUCUCUUUCUCUCCACAGAUGAGUAACCUGGUGGCGUCUCAGAUUAUGACCCACACUGAUGUUGGCUCCAGAGCCAGCUCCAUAGAGAAGUGGUUAGCUGUGGCUGAUAUCUGCCGCUGCCUCAACAACUACAAUGGCGUGCUGGAGAUCACCUCCGCUCUCAAUCGCAGCGCCAUCUUCAGGCUGAAGAAGACCUGGGCUAAAGUCUGCAAACAGGUUGGUAUCACCCUGUCCAGCUCGGUCACCUUUACAAGACCGGGACACGUUUAAAGAUUUCCCUCUUUGUUUUUCAGACCAAGUCUCUGAUGGAUCGGCUGCAGAAGACGGUGUCAUCUGAAGGACGUUUCAAGAAUCUCAGAGAGACGCUGAAAAAGUAAGAACUGCUCAUGAAAAGAGAAAACACAGAGAGGCGAAAAUCUGAAAACACAGACUCAUGUUUGCAUCAUCUGUUUCAGCUGUAACCCUCCGUGUGUCCCGUACCUGGGCAUGUACCUGACUGAUCUGGCUUUCAUCGAGGAGGGGACGCCGAACUUCACAGAAGAGGGUCUGGUGAACUUCUCCAAGAUGAGGAUGGUAAAGAUAGUCUUUAGGGUGCUCAUCAAUAUCAGAUUUUUACAUUUUUAAUUAGGUUUUAAUGAACUUAAUUGUCACUUCCCUGUCCUCUCAGAUUUCUCACAUCAUUCGAGAGAUCCGUCAGUUCCAGCAAGCACCUUACAGGAUAGAGCUCCAACCAAAGGUGAGUCAGAGAAAAAAAACAAAGUCUCCUGUUUGAUCUGUUAAUAAACGCUGAAAUAACAUGGUUUUCUGACUCCAGGUAACUCAGUUCCUCCUGGAUAAAACUCUGGUGAUGGACGAGGACACCCUCUACGAGCUCUCCCUGAAGAUCGAACCCCGGGUACCUCCUGGUUAAUCUCUCCGUCCUCCCGAUUCUCAUGUUUUCAGUCACAAACAUGACUUCAUGACCGGACCGAGAGCUUAGGAACCUCAGGAGAAAAUGUGCCUUUUUGUAAAAAUAAGAUAAUGUAAAUAAGUCAAAGAGAAUGAGCUAAUAACACACACACAAACACACACGCGCUGAUGAACACGGCACUAGAACGUAACCUUUUGCUGCUAUUGUGCUGUCUCAAACAUCCGUAUUAUCACACGAGCAUUGCUGAUUUUUUUUUAAUGAAGUUUUCUUUUUGAAAAUCUUUAUUGGAGCUGAAGUUUAACUGAAGUAACGUUUUUAUUUUGCAUUUUAAGAAAGAAGCUAACGAGUCCGACUUUGACUGAAAGAACCAGGCGAGAAAGAAAAACGUGUGAAAAACUGGGGAAAAGUUUUUCUGAGCCCCUCAAGUCCACUGAUAUGUUUCUGCUGAUCCUGUUCACUCAACUUACUCUUGUUGACAAGAUUUAGAUUGCACACACUGUAACAUAAAUGAUGCACACUUAAUUAUCUCUGGGAUCUAUGAGCACACAAAGAAUUAUCUUGUGCGUGCACGUUGUUGUACAAGAUUCUUGUGUGCAUAAGUUAUUAUCAAGUCAUCCUUCUGCACACAAAAAUCAUACUACUUCUCUGCAUGCACAGUCAAAUAUCAUACAAAAAAUGAUCUUGUGCAAAAACUGAAUUAUCUUGCCUAAAUGUAAAAAAAACCCUCCAAGGUAUGACUUAAAGGUGGGGUAGUCAGGAUCUGAGGAAGUUCCAGUUUUUGGGAGAAAUCUUGUAUGUAAACUCAGUUUUCCCCUCAGCUCCUCCUCUCGCCUCCCUCUCUGCUCCAGCAAGCCCCGCCCACAAACAGACGCUCCUGCUUGCUCGUAUCGUUCCAAUUAAACUCUGAUAUAAUGUAGAUAAAUACUUCAGAUAAUUACAAAUGGGGCCCAGUCAACGUGAAAGUAAAAAGCAUUGGUGCUACUGUAGAUGCCAACAGACUACCAGCAAACACAAUGUUUGCAGGACUUCUACAACUAGGAUAAAGUGACAUAGUCCAGGACCCGAGGUCAACAGUUUAACGGUUCUACAACACGCAGCAGGUCCCGUCUGACAAGAAACACUUCUGUUACAGACACUUGGCUUACUUUGUUAAAGCGGUUUACCUGUCCAGCAGAAAGGUUACAGGGUCACGAAGAUCCCGAAGCAUCCCCUAUCGUUUAUGUUAACUUGGCUUUUUAGCUCUUGUGCGGUCUACCUCCGUUUUAAGCGCCCGAUAUUCCACCAGAGUCUCCUGUAUUUACUUUGUUUUCUUGCUUGUGUUGGCAGUCGUGGUCAAAGGAGGAUUCAGACACUUUUCUGUACUUUCUGGUUGGUUUCCACUGUCUGAUAUUGUAGCACGCUAACUUUGUUUGGGCUCGUGUACGACACGGGGGAGCAGCAUCUGUCUCACAACAAUCAGCACUAAGGACCAGCUUCCGCCUCGCAACCAAUCAGGAUGGGGGAGGUGGAGAACAGCUUUGUUUACAGUCAGAAAGAGCAGGCCGCUCAAAAAAUGUAAAAUGUUGACUACACAGACAUAACAAAACACAGCGAUAUUGUUAUAUUGCCAAAUGUCAUCAAUAACUAACAGCUAUUGACUGAUAUUAAAAGCUUUUUUGUAUAUACACCACAAAAAAAGAUGCUUCUUUAACGGAUUCCUGCCUACCCCACCUUUAACUGUUUUUAUUUUCUUUUAUGCUUAAAAAAAGGGAUCUCAUGCUCACAACCAAUAGUCAAUAUUAACCUGUGCACACAACUUAUCCAUCUUGCACACAUAAAAGCUUUUGUCAGUUAGCCUGUAAACAACAGCCUAAUUUUCAUGCAGGCAAAAAUUUCAUGCACCCUGAAUUAUUUUUCCACACAAAACCAAUAUUUUGCAGGCACAGCUUGAUUAUUUUUGGACUCAUAUUUGCAAGAAAAAAAAAAAUCAGUUUUAACUUUGCGCACUAAAAACUCAACUUGGAACUUCAAAACUUGUGACAAAAUAUAAAACAGUGUGUACAAGAUAAUAACUCGCCCUUUAUUAACGUUUAAGGGCAUAAGACUAAAAAAUGGUGCUUUUGUGGGACUGCAAAAUUAUAAUGUAGUUAUAAAAGUUGAUGAUAUUUUAAAGUUUUUCUUUAAAGGCUGUAAUCAUUUACUGAAACGCUCCCAAAGAUGAGCAUUGAGAGUACCGGGCUCAGAAUAAGAACUGGACUUGAUCUCUGAGUCAGACCUCAUCCCUGUACUGACUGGGUCAAUCUUUAAAACCACUUCACUCGACUUAUUUAAGGGCUUCCUGUUGUUGUAUAAAGGUGAUGCCACUGACUGUGUGUAACGAUGGAUGACGUGACUCCACCCUGUGCAAAAGUGAAGCCAAAAUAACUGAGAGACCAGGUGGGGGCGUCAAUCUGAGCUGUGCGUCGUUGUUGAUGACGUCUCACCCCUCCCACUCGGUCUUAAACGAAUCCUGGAUUAAUUUACCUGGAUUAUAAAAACAUGGAGUGUAACACUUGAAGGUUUCGUCCUUAAACUCAAAUGCCAGGUCCGGUUUUGUGUUAACUUCUCUGUUCAGACUGAAGGUUCGGAUUCGUCCAGUUUUGCAUUUGCACGCUCCCUCAUUUGAUUAAGUUAUGAUGUCUUUUAUGUUUUUAGGAUCAGAGGCCGCAGCACAUCAUGUCUUUUUUUCUUUUUUGUCAGAUUGAUGCUGUUUUGUAUAAAAAAUUCCAGGUUUGAAGAACCCUUUUUUCUGCUCUUUUUUUCUGCAUACAGUUAUAUUCUUCUGUUAUUAUUCAUUCCUUGUUUAUGUGAUACUAGAAUCAUAUUUAUACUUAAAACCUUGUUUACGGUAUAUUUAAAUAAUAAUAUCUUUAAAUAUUGAAUUAUGACGAAUGUUUUUAGACUUUAACAUGUUUUUAGCAUGAAAAUAGCAUGACGCUCCUCUUACCCUCGUAGUUUAUCGUUACUGAGUUUUAUUGAGUUUCUUCUUUCUGACACAUUCCUGAUGUCGGGGAUCUUAAAACAAUGAAAUGCAUUAAUAUAUUAAACCUUUAUUUCUUACAUUCCUGCAUACUUUGAAAUUCCAGGUUUGCUCUUGUAUUUUUCCAAACAUUUCUCUGUGUAAUGUACAGAUAUUUACACAAUAAAAGAGGAUUAUAAUGAA